AUGAGGGGAGCAUCCUUCACUGCACAGAGAGAGAGCCUCUCGCUGUCCCGGCUGACGGCAGCGUGGAGCCGAGGGCGGGCGGCGGGGGGUGGGAAACCCGGGCGCCAGCCGCUGAAGCUCGGGCCCCCCGGCAGUUGCCUGGCUGUGGUCCAUGGGGACCUCCAGCCCCGCAGCACCGAGGGAGACGAGGGGUGGGCGGUCGCUGGAGUGCGGGUGAGGGACACACUGGUGUCCGAGGCUGGGACAAGAUGCCGGGCCAUCGAGCUGGUGGUGGGCGAUGGAGCUGGGUUCGGCAGUGGGAGCUGCAGCCUCUUCGCUGAGCCGGUCUCUCUCUGUGCCCGCUGGCAAAUGCGAAGGGAAUACAAAGUUUCAGGCACAAGUUCAGCGCCGGUGGGUGAGCAGGAGGCUGGGGCAGGGGAUGUCUCGCAGGGCUGGCGGGCCGUGGUGGGUCGUGGCCAGCUCUCGGCCCGUGCCUACGGUGCGGUGGACCUGCCCGUGCUUGUCCCAGCCUCCACCCUGCGGCACGCACCGCUGGCCCGGGAGGCAAACGCGUGCCUCGUCCGGGUGUUGCAAGGCGUGGGUCUGUGCCGGCAGCUGGCAAAGCUUCCUGGCGGCGUGCGUGCCUGGCGUGCCCUGCGGAGACCCUUUGCUUCGCCGCUUGCCUUGAUUGAGCGUCAUUCCCAGCAUCGCACAGCCGUUACGUGGGAAGAGAUCAGCGGCGUGGAUGAGAAUUACAAGCCGAUACGCACGUACCAGGUCUGCAACGUCAUGGAGCCAAACCAGAACAACUGGCUGCAGACGGGCUGGAUUGCCAGGCGCGAUGGCCAGAGGAUCUUCAUUGAGCUGAAGUUCACCCUGCGGGACUGCAACAGCAUCCCUGGCGUGAUGGGCACCUGCAAGGAGACUUUCAAUCUGUACUACGUCGAGUCUGACUCUGACCUGGGCCCUAGCGUCCAUGAGAGCAAGCACACCAAGAUUGACACCAUUGCUGCUGAUGAGAGCUUCACGCAGGGGGACCUGGGUGAGCGUAAGAUGAAGCUGAACACUGAGCUGAGGGAGAUUGGGCACCUGAGCAAGAGAGGCUUCCACCUGGGCUUCCAGGACGUGGGUGCCUGCGUGGCGCUGGUCUCCGUGCGGGUCUAUUACAAGAAGUGCCUCGCCACCAUGCAGAACCUGGCCGUGUUUCCGGACACGGUGGCGGAGACGGCCUUUGCGACUUUGGUGGAAGUUAAGGGCACUUGUGUUGCUCACGCCGAAGUGGACGCGGAUAAUCCCCCCCGGAUGCACUGCAGCGCGGAGGGCGAGUGGCUGGUGCCCAUCGGGAAAUGCACGUGUGGUCCCGGCUUUGAGGAGAAGGAUGGGGGCUGCAGAGCUUGCCUUCCUGGAUUUUACAAGCUUUCCCUCCGUCUCCCUCUCUGCUCUCCUUGCCCUGAGCACAGCUUCACGCAUGAGGAAGCCUCCACGUUCUGUUUGUGCCAGAAGAACUACUCCAGGUCCCCGUCAGACCCACCAUCUGCCUCCUGCACACAGCGUGGGGAGGAGGCGGAGGGGGAUCUGCUGCUCUGGCACGCAGAAGCGGUGCAAGUCACCCCACGUCCCGCCGGCUGCCUGGCAGAGCCCGUCCUGCCAUCCCCCGUCCAGCAGCUGCGGCAGGAGGAUCAGAGAGAUCAAAGUUACUCAACUGUGAAAACCACAUCCGCAGCCGUGACGGUCAAUAACCUGAAGCCUGGCACCCUCUAUAUUUUCCAAAUCCGGACAUCUUCCUCGCCAGACUAUGGAAACCACAGCCCUAGUAUUGAAGUGGAGACGCUGGCAGAGUUGACAGUGGCCUCCAGCGAGCAGAACCCCGUCCUCAUCAUCGCGGUGGUGGCCAUCGCUGGGCUGAUGGUGCUGGUGUCCAUGGUGAUCGGUGUGAUGGUCUGGAGGAGGCAGUGUGGGUACAGCAAAGCCAGCCAGGACGGGGAUGAGGAGCUGUACUUCCACUUUAAAGUGCCAACCAGGAGGACGUACAUCGACCCUGACACUUGCGAAGACCCUAUGCAGGCCGUGCACCUCUUUGCCAAAGAGCUGGAUAACGCUAGCGUUAAAAUUGAGAGGAUCAUUGGGACAGGGGAGUUUGGGGAAAUCUGCCGGGGAUGCCUGAAGCUGCCCAGCAAGAGAGAGCUGCCAGUUGCCAUCCAGACGCUGCGGGCAGGGUGCUCGGAGAAGCAGCAGUGCUUGUUCCUGGCGGAGGCGUGCACCAUGGGCCAGUUCGACCACUCCAACGUCAUCCGCCUGGAGGGGGUCAUCACCAGAGGGACUACCAUGAUGAUCGUGAUGGAGUACAUGGGCAACGGCCUGCUGGACACUUUUCUGAGGAAGCAUGAGGGACAGUUCACGGCCACCCAGCUCGUUUGCAUGUUGCAGGGGAUUGCCUCUGGCAUGAAGUACCUGGCAGAGAUGGGUUACAUACAUAAAAGCCUUGCUGCCCAUAAAGUCCUUGUGAACAGCAGCCUGGCUUGCAAAAUAACUGGUUUCAGACGUCCGCAAGAAGAUAAGAUGGAGACCAUCUUCUCCACCAUGCGUGGGAAGAGCCUGGUGCUCUGGUCAGCCCCCGAAGCCAUCCAGUAUCAUCACUUCAGUCCAGCCAGUGAUGUGUGGAGCUUCGGCAUCGUCAUGUGGGAAGUCAUGUCCUACGGCGAGAGACCCUACUGGGACAUGUCCAACCAGGAUGUGAUGAAGGCUGUGGAGGAUGGGUUCCGCCUGCCUGCCCCGGUGAACUGCCAGCCGCCCCUCCACCAGCUCAUGCUCGACUGCUGGCAGAAGGACCGCAGCCAGAGACCCAAGUUCUCACACAUCCACAACAUCCUGAGCAAGAUGGUGCAGAGUCCGGAGGCCCUGCUGUGCCCCAGCUCCACAUGCACCAGCACCUCCAUCCCCCUCACCGAGCGUACCUUCUCAGCCUUCCCGUCUUUCAGCUCUGUGGGCGAGUGGCUGGAAGCGAUAGAAAUGGGCAGGUACAAAGACAACUUCACCGCUGCAGGCUACUGCUACUUGGAGUCGGUGGCCAGGAUGACAGCCCAAGACGUCCUCAGCCUGGGGAUCACGCUGGCGGAGCACCAGAAGACCAUCCUGAGCGGGAUCCAGACUCUCCGGGCCCAGGUGAUCCAAAUGCAUGGCUGCGGCGUGCAGGUGUGA